AUGUCAUACCCAAUGGAUAACAGAGAUAAGAGCUCUCCUGGUGUCGCAGAUAAAAGUGAAAAAGCUCCAACUUAUUCCAAGGUGUCAGAUAAGAGUUGGCUGCACAGUCCAAAUGUCUCUGAAUAUCCUAGUCAGAUAAUGGACAACACACAAUUUCAAGAAGAAGAAGAAGUCAUCGAGCCAGUAGAUUUCAACUAAGUCAAGAUUGAUGUUAGAAAUAUUGAUAAUCUUACUCUUAAUACAAGGAAGACAGGUGGUUCACCAACAAGUAAAUUAUUCCUUUCAAUGAUUAUAUAUUCAGAUCGGGAUUCUGGCAGGUCUUCACAAAUAUUAUAAACAAAAAAAGAAGGCAAAGAUGAUCAGGUUAUUGCAAGUGCUGAUGGAAAAAGACAGACAUCAUAAUCUAAACUAAGCUCAUCAAAGAGAGGAGCAGCAACUAAUUCUAAUAAAAAAAUUCUAGAAGGAGAGCUGGAUGAUGGACCUGAAAUGAAAAACAUAACAGAGUCUAAUAAAUCGAAUUCUAUGAAGUAUCUGUAUAACAGUAAUUCGCUGAGCAUGAGGUUUCCCUAGAAUGGUAAAGACAUCAUUGGUGAGUAGGUAGAAAGGAAUAACAAUCACGGGGUGCUGGGAGAUGCAUCAAGUAGUAUAUAUGACAAGAUUAUUUACCUGAUAAGAUUUAUUGGAGGGAUUAUGUCCUUAUUUGCAUUAGUAGGAUAGAUUCUAUACUUUGCUAAGCAAGAGUUUGCUUCAUAGACAAUGUUUGACUCUUAUAUUGGAGUUAUCAUAAUGAGAGUAGUACUUAUUCUAAUUACGACUAUAGUAUUCUUUUAUCAGAAUGUUGCUAAGUACAAUACUGAUAUGAUGAAUCUUUAGAACUUCAAUUCUGCUAGAGAACCUGCAAACUAAGAAGAUCUCAAAAGAUUUAAGAAGCGAACUUGCUUUUAGGCUGCUUGCUUAUAUGCAUCCUAUCCAUUUAUGCUUUGGUUUGGAUUCUACAGAGUUUACAAACCUAAGGACUUCCAAUCAACUAUAUUUUUAGGUUAUUUCUACGAGCUGUUUUUCUCACUUAUUCCAAUUAUUUUCAUCUAGUAAACCACUAACAACACUCUAAAAGUAAAGACUAUGAAUAGGUUACAAAAUUACUCACUUGCUAUUUAGAUUCUUGUGAUUCUAGAGAUAUUUUUGGAAUUCCUUAUAAUCUACUGUGAAUAUUAAAGAAUCCAAAAGCUUAGGAAGGAAGGAAUGGACAAUACUUAUGAAGUACAGCCAUUAAAUGAGGAAGAGAAAAGACAUAGAAAUUUCAAGCAUUCCGUAUUUAUUAGUGCUCUUGCUUUCUCUACAUUCUUCUUCUUUAUUGGAUUAGGAAUGGAUAACUUGAAUGGUAGAAAGUGCACUUCAGGCCAAGGUAUUAAAAAUGGAGUUUGUCUUGACUGUUUAGAUUUUAAUUGUAAAUCUUGUGGAAGCGAUGCUAAUGUUUGUUAGUCUUGCUAUGAUGGAUUCUACAAUAUAGAUGGGCAAUGCCAGAAAUGUGAUCCAGAUUCAUAUUGUGCAUAGUGUGAUAACAAUGGAGUAUGUUUGAAAUGCGCACAUGCUCAUGUUUUGACAUAAGGAAAAUGUCUAAGCUGCACAAGAGAUGUUGGCUGCGCAGAAUGUGAUAACUUAGGCUGCAAGCAAUGUUUAGACGGCUAUUACAUGAAUGCUGAAAAAAGAUGCAUUGCUUGCUCGUCAACGAUGCACAACUGUCAAAAAUGUGAUUCUAGUACUCAUUGCACUCAAUGUGUUUCAAAUAUAACAACUCUUUUCCUUGGUGCUUGCUAGUGCAAUUUCGAUAAAAAUUGGAUUAAAGUCUAAAGUCAGCAAGAUCAAGGAUUUUGCCAAUGUAAUAACUAUGUUGUUGGAGAUACUAAUGAAUGCAAGACCUGUGCACAGAUAUUCCCAGGUUGUAACAGAUGCGCUGAGACUAAUUCUUUUAUCAAUGCUUAGUAUAGAUUAGGACACUCUAGCUACAAUCCCAACCAAAUGGAGUAUGUUAGAUGUGCUGAUUGUGGUCAAAACAAUUUCUUCAGUAUAAGUCAAACUAAAUGUCUUAGUUGCAGCUAAUUGACUUAUGGUUGUAAGGAAUGUAACUCAUUUGGCUAAAUAUGUGAUAAGUGCUAAGAUGGUUUUGUGAGAGUACCUAACCCAGUUGUUGAUGACUCUGAUGAAGCUAUUAUAUACCUUUGUGAAAAUUGUAAUAAAUACCUCUCGAAUUGUGCUACAUGCUCAAGUACUUCAGUCUGCUCUUCCUGCGUUACAGGAUACACUCUAACAAAUGGAACUUGCAUUAAGAAAUGA